AUGCCUCCCAUAAACCUUUACACCCACAGCCCCAUCAACGCAGCGAAAGCGUCUGAUGCGCAGGACCCCAAGACCGCAACCCCCGAAGGUCAGAGUCAGUCAGGAAUAGUCCCCAAUGCCAACCCCGAUCCUCACCCAACCGGGACCGUCACGCCCAACCAGGCUACACCCACCUAUCUCACAUCCGACCGGAUCCCUCCGCCUCCCCAGCCCGGAGCGGUCCCAACUCUGCCCGUCCAAACCGGCACGGCAACCACCACGCAGGGGCAAGACGUCAAGUACCCUCAUCUCCCACCGCAGCCAUCAUCUCAGUAUUACCCAGGGAGUCCGGCAGCACCAGCACCGAGUGGCCCAAUAACCAGUACACCGCACCAAAUGUCCAUUCCCCCGCCCACUGCUUCCUACGACUACUCCCAACGCGGAACUUCUACCACCACCGUCCCACCACCCCCCACGAGAACCCUACCUACCUAUCUGCCUGGUGCCUCCCCAGCUGAGCUUGGACUCGGACCCCAACAUGGAUCUGGAUCCGGAGGAGGGGGAGGAGACCUCUCCCACCCUCCUGGGUACCAACAAGACUCCAUGGCGUCAGAUAUGAACCAAUCCCAGCGCGCGGCGCACGAGUUCGCUGCUUCUCAUGGGGGUCAUGGUCACGGGCACGGUGGUGGUUACAGUGGUAGUGGUAGUGAUGACGAAGGGGUUUGGAACUCGGCGAAGAAAUGGAUUCAGGAUGCGGGGGCAAAGGUGGCGGAGGCGGAGAGUGAGGUGUGGAAGAAGAUCAAUGGUCAGAAGUAG